AUGACCAAAAAGGAAGUUUACCUCUACGGCAUUGCACCGUGCACGGCCGGCUUAGCUUUUGGAUAUGACACAGGUUCAAUGAGCGGCAUUCUCGCCAUGCCACAGUUCCUCACAUACUUCAACAAACCGAGCAACUUCCAACAGGGUGGCAUCACUGCGUCCAUCCUUGCGGGUGCAUUUGCCGGCUCGCUCCUCACCGGUGCGUUCCUGGCCGAUCAGCUCGGUCGCCGGAAGACGAUCCUCUUGGGCUCUGCCAUCUUCACCAUUGGUAUUGCGAUUGCGACGGCUGCGAAUAACGUGGAGGCUCUUGUGGCCGGGCGGGUUAUUAAUGGGCUGGGCAACGGCUGUUUGACCAUGAUGGUCACUAUGUACCAAAGCGAAAUUGCUCCCCGAGAGAUCCGAGGUCGUAUCAUCAGCGUCUUCCAGUGCUGCGUUAAUUUCGGUAUUCUCAUUGCCUUCUGGAUCCAAUACGGCACCAGCCACAUCCAGUCCGAAGCAAGCUGGAGAAUUCCCAUGGGUCUUCAAAUGGUUGCAACCGUCGCCCUACACGUCACCAUGUGGUUCAUGCCGGAGUCCCCCCGGUGGCUCGUCCAGAAAGAUAGACAGGAAGAGGCCCUGCAGGUGCUGGCCCGAGUCCACUCUGGGGGUGACAUCAACGACCCGUACGUCCAGGCCGAGAUGGUUGAGAUUGUGGCCAAAAUAUCUUUCGAGAAGACCCAUCCGCCGCCUAGCUACUUUGAUCUGCUGCUCGGGUCACAAAAGCGGCGAAUGUGGAUCGGCAUUGGAGUGCAAUUCUGGCAAUCAAUGACUGGCAUCAAUGUAAUCAUGUACUACGCUGUCUUCUUAUUCCAGCAGGCUGGCCUUAGCGCGACCUCGUCGUCCCUCCUUGCCAACGGUCUUCAGGGCGUUGUUCUUAACCUCUUCACUUAUCCGAACAUGUAUUAUAUGGAUACAUGGGGCCGACGGUGGCCGAUGAUCAUUGGCGGGGUUGGCAUGGGAAUCUCGAUGAUGAUUAUUGGCGUCCUCAUGAAGACAACCGGGAAUCCGGUAUAUGACCCACUGACGCAGAAAACUAACUUCAAUUUCACAAGCCCGGCCGCUUCGCACACCGUCAUCGCGUUUGUGUACAUCUAUGUCGCCUAUGAGCAUGCGUGGCAGGGCUACAUCUAUGACUACGGCCACGAACUGAACUUCUGGUUCGGUCUAUACAUCCCUACUGCUAUGAAAGAAAUCAGCUGGAUGCUCUACAUGAUCUUCAUGGGCCUCUGCUUCCUCAUGUCCGUCGUCGUCUUCCUCUUUUACCCCGAGUCCGCCGGCAAGACCCUCGAGGAGAUGGACUUCCUCUUCACCAAGGGCCGCUCGCCGUGGACGUUCCUCGAUCGCGAGGCCACCAUGAUUGGCGCCCUGUUCGAGCGCGAUCUCGCGCACGGCGAGGCCCUGACUACGUUUGACGAGGACGGCAUGAUCCUUAAGGCCAAGGCUGGGGGUGCCGUGGAGGGGAGUGACAGUGCACUUGAGGUGGGGCAUGUUGAGAAGGUGGUGGUGGUUGAUGAGAAUCACGGGGCUUGA